GCGUAUUUGUCCAAGUUCCCAAGUGGCUGUAAUUUUGAUGACGUUGCACAUAUAUUUGGAUUCGAGAUUGCAGACAGCAAGAAUCCGUCCACCUCAUCAAAUAUGAACCCCGAUGCUGCUGCAUCUCAGGUGCCCGAUGUGUGACGCGCACGAGUAGCGAGGAAGGAAAUCUGACAUCCGACAUGUGUCAACACCGAUGUGUCAGUCAUGAGCUGCACGGGAAACUUCCUCAAGCUCGGCGGUCAGGCCGGAAUCAUGUGCUCGUAUUUCGGUUUCACUGUGUGUUGACACUACGGGGCCCCAGAUGUCCACAGACACCAUCUGAACACUCCCCCUGAGCAAAAAGGAUCAUCUCCACAUCUCAACUCUUUUUAUUGAUGUAUUUUUGGAAGACCAUCUCGAGCAUCAACUUCAGCCGAAUCACAAAAGGAUUCACCAAAGCAUAAAGAAGACAAGCCGAGGACCAGCAACAAGCAUGAAUCUAAGCUCGGUGUCCUACACCAUCGACUUCAGCUCGGCGUACGAUGAACUCAACUUCACUUACAACGACACCGACUUCGUCUUGAACCCCGACACCAUACCCUGCGACCCGUUCACCAUCCCGGCCGCCGCCGCCGUUUUUAUCAGCAUCUUCUACAUCGCCGUCUUCCUUUUGGCCAUUCCCGGGAAUCUGGUGGUGGCCCUGGUGAUCGGUCUGAGCAAGCAGGCGCUCCCCCCGUCGGACCUCUACCUCCUGCACCUGGCCGUGGCCGACCUCCUGCUGGCCAUCACCCUCCCGUUCUGGUCCACCUCCGUCUCCAAGGGUUGGGUGUUUGGAGACGCGCUGUGCAAAAUCAUCACCAUCCUCCAAGAGCUCAGCUUCUACUCCAGCAUCCUCUUCCUGACCUGCAUCAGCGUGGACCGCUACACAGUCAUCGUCCGAGCCAUGGAGACCCGCAGGUCCAACCGGCGGCUGGUGAGCUGGGGAAUCUGCGCGGCGGUCUGGAGCUUCGGCGCUCUCCUGUCCCUCCCGGGACUGCUCUACUCGUCCUUCUCGUCCUCGGGUCACAUGGUGUGCGCCGAGUUCUACGACCCCGGCAGCGCCGACGAGUGGCGCCUGGCGACCAGGGUCCUCCGCCACUCUCUGGGCUUCGUGGUGCCGCUGGCCGUCAUGCUUCCUUGCUACGGCGUCACCAUCCAGCGCCUCCUUCGCAUCCGCGGCGGGCUCCAGAGGCAGCGGGCCAUGCGGGUGAUUGUGUUUGUGGUGGUGGCCUUCCUGCUGUGCUGGACGCCCUACCACAUCGCCGUGAUGACGGACACCUUCUUCCGCGCCAGGAUAGUGCAGUACGGCUGCCCCGCCCGGAUGGCGGUGGACCGGGCCGUGCUGGCCACGCACAGCCUGGGCCUGUUGCACAGUUGCGUCAACCCGGUGCUCUACGCUUUUGUGGGCGAGAAGUUCAGGAGGAGGCUGCAGCAGCUGAUGAGGAAGAUGGGCGUCCUGGAGAGAACGUCGGUGUCCCGGGGCAGCAGGUCUUCGCUCUCGUCCGAGGUCACGUCCACCUUCAUGUAAAACCAGCUCACCUUUAAUGUGGAGAACUCGCGAGGGACGCUUGCCGUCUGUUGGCUUGUCUCUCAAUCUCUUAAUAUUUCGCUCCCUGUCUAUUUCUGCAAAAUUUCCCAAGGUAUGACCUGGAAGCUUGGCUGGCAGCAGAUGUGCCAAUUUCAAAGUGAAAGUGUGUUCCCAGCUUCUGGCAACCGGCAAAACACAUUCCGUUGUUUCUUCGUGGCUGCUCCUUUCAGAGCGAUAUGAUUGAAUCCUCCGUGUUGGCUUUGCACACAUGACAUUCGUUUGCAGUCUCAACGCCGAGGGGUGAGCAUCUCCAGCUCUCCACACGUCUCCAAGAGCACCACAAAAAGAUGCGAGAUUUUCUCCAGAGUGGUUGGGAAAGGCUCUCCCUGGUUGUCAUGGUAACUCAAGCCAUACUUGCAUCCUGCGUUUGCAUGACACAAGAACCUCUGUGGACUCCAACCACAGUGAAAGGCAGGCAUUCAGUCUUCUGCAUAUUUUUAUUCUUGUCUUUGUGUAUUUUGACGGAAGAAUGUCAGAUGCCUCUGAACUCAUUCACUGCCAACCCAGUUAAUAUCGUUGACGUCUUUAGCCGUCAAUUGUACUGAAUGAGUUAAUAAGACAUCCAGAACCUGUUUUAAAUUCCGUGGGUGUGGGUGUGAUAUACAUUUAAGAUCCCAGCAUUUAAAUAUAAUGUAGUCGUGAAAUCAAAUUAGCAUCAGAUGAUGCACAAAAUAGCAA